AUGAUGAAAUGGUUUCUCCUUCCCUCCUUUACAAUGAUUACUACAGUAUCUUCGGUGAACCUUUUUGUGGCAUCAUACACGGGCUCUAUAACAACUUUAUCGCUGACCCAGUCCACUGAGGGUCAAUACAUGUUCUCCAAGAUUGCAACUACGGAAACUUCCGGCCUUCAUCCUCUCUGGCAAGAGAAAAGGGGCGAUUUGAUUUAUGUCUGCAACGACAACCUUGCAGCACCUAACGGAUCUAUCUCUUCCUACAAGGCCAGCGCAACUGGACAGCUUACUCUAGUUCAGCAACCUCUUAGCACCCAACCAGGUCCAGUCUCAACCGUCAUUUAUAAUCAAGGGAAAGCUUUAGCUGCAGCUCAUUACAGCGGAUCCGCAGUCACUAGUUUCUCAAUUGGUGGUGAUGGCAUUCUAACCCCUCUUCAAUCUUUUGUUUUCAAGACCCCGCCCGGUCCUAGGCCACAACAAGAUGCGUCACAUCCACAUCAGGUCAUUCUCGAACCUUCCGGAAAGUUUAUCGUUGUGCCCGAUCUUGGCUCUGAUCUCCUCCGUAUCUUCAGUAUCGACGAUACCAAUCAUCUAACCGAAAAAGCUCCGGUAUCAGUUUCUCCUGGCUCAGGUCCUCGUCACGGAGCCUUCCUACCAAACUAUGGGGAGACAUCAUCGACGCUUAAAUUUUUUCUCAUAUCAGAACUCAGUAAUACAGUGUCUUCAUUCACCGUUGCGCCUUCAGGUGAUUCACUAAGCUUCACACCUAUUUCAAAUGCAGAUGUUUUAAAUAAGCCUGCGCCUGAAGGUCUUGCAUCCGCAGAGCUUCAAAUAUCGCCUGAUGGUCGAUUUAUGAUGACCUCUGCUCGCAAUGCAACUCUACUCUCAGUCCCUAGUACUUCCUCGGAAAAUGCUACCGAAAUUCCUUCAGAUACGCUCCAAAGUUGGGCGAUUGAUUCGUCUACAGGGGGAAUCGCUUUUCAACAAUUGACCCCUGCCGGUGGGCGCACCCCACGUCAUUUUUCGACCAACCAAAAUGGAACAAUGGUGGCCGUAGCAUUACAAGGAGAUGGUCGUGUAGUUGUAUUUGCUCGUGAUGCCACUAACGGAUCACAAGGACCACUGUUAGCGUCAGUAGACGGCAUGGGCGAGGCUUUAAGCAUCAUUUGGGAUGAAUAUGAUUGA